AUGUCGACGGAAUCGGAAGAAAACGGGGUCCAUAUUGGGUCUGUCGACGUCAGUGAAAAAGUGAAAGAAAAUGGUUUAUUAGUGGGAGAAAAUAUUUGUGAUUCCGGUGUAGAUACUUUAGACACGAGUUCUGCUGCAUUCCCAGCUUCUGAUUCCGAUAUUUCUCCGAUUAAAAAUAUUACGAGUGAUGAUUUGGGUCAUGGGUCUUCGACUGGUAGUUUGUCUAACGAGAGCAGUCUUUCGAGCCCAGGGUCUGAUGAGGGGGGCACAGAUAACUUAAACUUCGAAUUCCCCCAACAAACACACGCGGAUUUCGCCAAAGAGUUGAUAAUAAAGUGCAUAGACAACAUGGCCAUUAGUGAAAAACAAGAAAAAUGUGAUGAAAAUCUUGAAAUAAAUGAUUUAAAACAACAAGAAUGUUAUGACAAUAGCAAUAAGAAACUGACCACUUCGACAGUAAGUUUGAACGAUAAUCAGUGUACUGACAAUGUGAUUUGCAAAUCUCCCUUCAGCAAGAGCGCUGAAAACAUAACAAAUGUAACUUUUGACAAACAGAAUGAAAAUACUAGUCUUAAUAAUAGCGACAAAGAAUUAAAUGCAGAUAAAAUCCUUUCACAAUUCUCCAGCCAAAAAACUAAAGCUAGUGCUGUACAGAAAAUUCCGGAAACUGUAACUAAUGUAGAUCCGAAGUACUCAAGGAUACCGAAGGAACUACUAUCACAGGACAUUGGUAGCAUAGUCAAGAAUGUACAUGGAAUAUUCUCAUCGGUAAGUGGCAGCUUAAAGAGUGCGUACACACACCGAACAGCCUAUGCCCAGAAACCAGCAAAAUCCACCAAAAAUUUGCCCAAUGGUAAACUAAUGAAUGAUAUAUUUGAAGAUGAGAAUACAGACUUAAAAACUGAUGUCAUAGAAAAACCGGACACUAUGGAUUGCAAAGAAAAUAUACCAAAUUCUAAUUCUAACAUAGACUCGGUACUAAAAUCAAUGGAUUCAGAUAGUUCGGACUCUACCGAUGCAAAGAAAGACGUUUUGCGGCUACAAAUAGAGUCUUUGGAAAGACUUCUAGCUGAACAGAGAAAGGAGAAUGUGUCAUUACGAGAGAGAGUGAAACAGCAAUGCGAUGAACUGCAGCAAAAAGAUAUGACGUUUAAGGAAUUGGAGGUUAAACUGGAUAUGAUGGGGAAACGCGUGGAUCACGCUGAAAGGGAGAAGGAUGCAGCCGUGAUGAGGUAUGCCAGCGUCGAAUGCGCGGCCAUUGAGGCUAAGAGGUCGGCUGAAAACGCUGCCAAGGCCGAGAAGGCUGCUCAGGCUGAAGUGGAACUGCUUAACGGCAAGCUCAAGUCUGCUGCUGCUGAGAAACAUAGAAUCUGUCAGCUGUAUGAUGAUAAGUGCCACGAGCUGAUGACCAGCGAACGAGAGCUGGCCAAAGUCAGGGAAGAUAUGCGCGAACUGGACGGACGGCUUAAGUGGACGCAGAGCAAGUUGAGGGUCGAAAUGGAUGCUUAUAAGGAGACAUUAGAAAAGUCGGAGAAGCUCGCUCAGCAGGUGACGGAACUGGAAGCCGCGCGGGAGACUGCCACCGCCAACGCCACCGACUCUGCUAAGGCUAAACAAUUAGAAUCAGAGCUAAAAGAGAGUCAAGCAGCGUUAAUACUGUGUCGCCAUGAACGAGACGAACUAGAUCGCAAGCUGACAUCAAUGACGCAACAGUUGGAGACUUGUGUGAAGGAAAGAGACAACGCUACUGCCGCGCUCGCUCGCACUAGCGCUGAGGUAGAAGAAUUAAAAGAGAGUAAUCUGCGUUUGGAAGAAGAGGCGGCGGAGUUAGCGGCGCUACGAGCUAAAGCAGCCCUAGCCGAUACACUCAGCGCACAGCUAGAAAGGGAGUCGUGUCGCGCGACGCAGGCGGAGGAGGCGCUGGCGGUGGAGCGCGGCGUGGCGGAGACGUGCGGCCGCCGCGAGGCAGCCGCGCUGCACCACGCCGCCUCGCUCACCGCCGCGCACGUCGCGCUCUCCGCCGCGCACGCCCGCAGCGACGCGGAGGCGCGGGCUCUCGCCGCAGACAACGUGUCGCUCCGGGAGCAAGUGACCUCCCUACAGACAGAGGGCGCUAGGCUACAGGCGGCACUCACUGACGAAACGGACAGGAGGAACAAGGAGAACAGGGUGCUGGCCAGGAAGGUGGCGGAGUUAACAGAAGAGGUGUCUGAAGCGAACAAGAAGCUGGAAUGGGAGAAGGGUGAGAAUAAUGUACUCAAGAAGAAACACGCUAGUGCCAUAAAAGAAUUGAACCGUGAACUACAGCGGGCAGUGAAGCGAUGCGAGCAGCUGGAAGCUAAGUUGCCUCAACAAUUAGCACCAAAUACAAGGACAGGUUCGAUUUCGUCGCUAAGUAGUGGGGAGAGCGCCCCCCACGAGGACAGACUGCAGAAUGGGCACAGCGACGCAUUGCCUGAUAUACAGGUCCGCGAGCCAGACCGCCAGACACUGAUAGAGCGUAUAGUCUCCUUGCAACGCGCCGCCGCCCGUCGCGCAGAGCGAUGUGACUUCUUAGAAGAGCAUUCUAAGCAACUGACCGCUGAACUGCGGACCAAAGCGAGGUUGUUAAGGCAUUUGCUCUGUGAAUUACCUGCUGGAGCCGUCGGGUCUAGUCGUCGUGAUGAUAAUAAGGCUAAACGGAAGCUAACCAAGAAAGAGAUAGCGCGAUUGGGCGGCGGUGCAAUGGCGGCCGUUUGGGGCGGGGACCCGGGCGGCAUCACUGCGGAGCUGUCCCUGGAGAUGAACAGACGUCUCCAAGCCGUGCUCGAAGAUACACUGCUUAAGAAUAUCACGCUUAAGGAAAACAUGGACACGCUCGGCGCUGAAAUAUCUCGACUAAAAGAACAAUUGAAAUCUAACGAAAAUAAAUAA